AUGGCCCAACAAGCCGAACCCGACUCAUCAAAACUUGACACUGAACGCAAUCGCUUUUUGAAACUCCACUCCCUUCAUAAGGAUCCAGCCCAGUUAUUCCGUGAACUGAAGGAUGUUGCUGGAUUGGACAAGGUCCAACAACACAACAGCAGGCUGGAGAGUGUUUUUCAAUUUUCCGAACUCGCCGACUUAAAGCGAAUGCGUGUCGGCAUGCGCUGGAUCAAUUUUAUCGAAGGGAAAGUAAAGGGAUCUUUGAACGAUCUCACGGAUGCGCUCGAUCUCACCGAGCAAGCUGACGAAGACAAAAUCAAGGAACUGGUCCGGUGUGCUUACUUUGUCCGAUUCCCCAUUCACGACGCCUCAAGAUUGUCGAGAAGAGAGAUGCUUGAUGCACUUGAGGGACCUACCACUCGAGCCAAAAAGAAACCAAACAUGGCUGAAAAUAUCCAGUGGUCUACCGAAAUCGUCCAGCAAGGUUUUAACGCAGAAUAUCAGAAACACGAUCUUAUUCCUCCUCGUUCCGAGAUUGCUAGCCACUUUUUCCCAUUGGUGGAUCCAGAACUCGACAUGACGAAGCAUUAUUGCCACUUAUUGGCUGCGAUUCUCAACACGGUGUCACAGUUUUUCUCAAGGCCGGAGAUAUGUGCCAUGAGCUUGGAAGAUCAAUUAUCUAAGUGGUACGAGCACAGUUUUCAAAUAGACAACACUCGGAAGACUCAGUUUACUACCCAAGUUCAGAACGAAAUGAACAAGAUCCAGUUAAGCAACGUAAAGUCAAUCCCGGGAGACAAAGAGGCAGCCGACUUAAGGACAAGGCAAACUUUCGUACCCGACGCACCCGACUUAGAGACGAUCACACCUGACUUGGAGACGAUCACACCGGACUUAGAGACGAUCACACCCGACUUGAAGACGAGGGAACUACUUGCUAAGGCCGGAUCUAAGUAG